GAGCAGUUAAAAACAAAGAUACAAUCCGCCAAGGACAAGGGUGAAGUUGGACAAAACUAUGAUGUGAUAUAUCAUUCAGAUGAAACAUUGGGUAUCAGCCAUGAAGUGUACUCUGACUCAACAUUGGAAAAGAACGCUAGAGGAACACAAAUCUCAGCUGUGAAAAGAGAUAUUUCCAGAUCAAAUAUUGUGAUUCUUGAUUCCAUGGCGUAUAUUAAAGGAUUCAGAUACCAACUCUUCUGUGAAGCCAAAGCAACAGUUACACCACAUUGUGUUGUUCAUGUAAUCGCCCCAGUUGAACAGUGCCUUGAAUGGAAUAAUAACCGGGAAGAUAAAUGGGAUGAAGAAUUGAUAAAACAAUUGGUUAUGAGGUAUGAAGAGCCCAACAGUGACACCAGAUGGGACUCGCCUUUAUUCACAAUUGCCUCUGAUGAUCCCAAGGAAACUCUUCCUAUUGAUGAAAUAUGGGAUACCCUUGUGUUGAAAAGACCCCCACCACCAAAUGCAGCUACAUUGAUUAAACCAACUUCAGGUAAUUCCUUCUUGCAAGAGUUGGACAAGAAAACUCAAGAAGUUAUUACCAAGAUUCUUCAACAUCAACAAAUUACUACUGGUGAUGUUAUUAUAGACAAGGAUUUGGUGGUACAACUUCCUGCUACAUCAGUAAGUACUGCACAAUUACAAAGAAUUAGAAGAUCAUACAUCAGUCUUAAUAGAAUGAGAUCGGUGGAAACUGAUAGAAUUAUACCUUUGUUUGUGGAUUAUAUUAAUAGAAGUCUAAACAAUGAUUAG